UAACCAGGUGCGCCACGAAUAAAUAUUAAGUUCGUUCACUUUUCUGCAAGCGUUAUUGUUGUUUUUGUUGUUGUUGUUGCUGUCACUGUUCGUGGAGUGUAUCUGUUCGUCGUAUAAGCGGUUUGUUUCUUGCUACCUUGUCAUCCGUAUUGUUAUAUUGUAAAGCACUAGGUAAGCCAUUCCGGACUCUGGAGACGGAGAGUCAGAUUUUCAAAGCCAGAGCCGAAGUUUAAAACGAAGCUAAAGCUGAAGCCAAAACUGAAGCCAGACUCAGACCAUCAUCAACUAAACAUUGGCUGCUCCAAAAGGCGGUCAAACGCUAUUCGAAACAAUCAGUUGCUUCGCGAUACUCAAUCGCUCAAGACGUAUACUCUAUAAUUCUGAUCAUAAAAAUUAAAGUAAAUCUUUUACCACCAAAACUUAUAGCAUCAUCAAUCUAACAAUCGCGAAGAGGUUUUUCUUUUUUGAUAAAAUUUUGUGUGUCUUUUUCGGUUCUUGGAUCUUAAAAAGCUUUAGGCCAAUCCGUGAUUGUCAAUCAAUCUAGAUUUGUGUGUCAAUUGUGUGAGUGUGUAGUGAAUUUUAUAUGAGUUUGAUGGUUGACAAGAAUUGCAUGAAGAUGAAGAUUCGUGAUGUUGAGAACGCAUUUCGAUAUAGACGGAUACCUUAUCCAAAAAGGUCCGUUGAACUCAUCGCUUUAAUUGCAAUCUCGUGUACAUUCUUUCUAUUUAUGCAUACAAAAAAUUUGAAUACACGUCUUCGUGAGAUGGAGGUAAAAUUGCAGCCCUCAGAAUUUUCAGCACUUGGCCUCACUGGAGAACAUCAUAUAAGUGGAGGAGGUGAUGGCUCUAGAAGUGGGAAUGACAUCAACACACUCCAUGGAACAUAUCAAUAUCUUAAAAGCACUGGACAGAUUGAAACUCUUAGUCCUGAGAAAUACAACAACACACCUAAGGCCGAAGUAGAUAUAUUAUUCUUUAAUCGUGUCCCCAAAGUUGGCAGUCAAAGCCUGAUGGAAUUGAUGAAACGUUUGGCAAAAAUCAAUGGAUACAUAUCGGUGAGAGAUAAACCCCGUGAAAUGGAAACAAUUCUAGUUACAUCGGGAAGAGCUUAUCAAAUAGCUGACGAGAUAAUGGAAUUAGCUGAGCCAGCGGCGUAUUCCAAGCACAUUGCUUAUAUAAAUUUCACCCAACUCGAUUUUCCAAGGCCAAUUUAUAUCAAUCUUGUUCGAGAUCCUAUCGAAAGACUUGCUAGUUGGUUUUAUUACAUACGAGCUCCAUGGUAUAUAGCCGAUCGGAAAAAGCACUUCCCCAAUACAAUACAACCGUCUGCUGAAUGGCUUGGGAAGGAUUUUGCAACCUGCUUACGAAAUCAUGAUCCUGAAUGUAUUUUUGAGCAAAACAGUAUCAGAAAUCUAGGAGAUCACAGACGCCAAAUGCUGUUCUUUUGUGGACAAGAUGACGCUGUCUGUUUACCGUUCAACUCGUUCCAUGCCUUACAAAUUGCGAAAAGGACAGUGGAGAAAGAGUAUGCUGUUAUUGGCUCAUGGGAGGACACUAAUAUUACACUUACGGUCUUGGAAAAAUAUGUUCCGAGGUUUUUCACUCAGGCCUUAGAUGUUUAUCAAAAGAGUCAACAUUCCUUGGGAAAAGUUAAUAAGAAUACAGCAAGGCCACCAGUAACUCAAGAGAUAAGAGAUUUACUUAGUCGAAAUAUGACAAAUGAAAUUGAAUUCUACCAAUUUUGUAAACAAAGAUUGUACAAACAAUAUCUUGCUGUUACUUUGAAAUAAGAGAACAAUCAAAACAUGGAUAGAAUCGGCUAAGGUUAUUUUGAGGGUAUUUUUGCUAUCACAAUCGACUUCAAAAUUUGUGUAUGGUAAUAUAAGUAAUGAAUUAAACGGUGACUUCCCAGCUUCCAAAUAUGACGUCUAAGUAUUUAUCAACUAUCAUUUAAAAUUUAGAGACCGUACAAUUGCAAAAAUGGAACAAGUUUGUCCAAAUUGUCUCUUUUUUCAGUAAAAAGAAAAUAAACGUACUUUUGUAACCUGAAUUUAUGAAGAUUAAAGACAUUUAUUAUAAAAAACAGACAUGGAAACCAAUAAGAACAUGUAAUUGUCAAUCAGGUUUACAGCUUGAAACUUUUUAUCUUCAUACAGUAGGUUUUCAGUUAACUUUCAAUGAAAUAUUGUUUUUUUUUCAGAUAUUACCAAAUUUAGUUUCUUCUUUUUCAGUUCUUACUAAUUUUUUUUAAUACAUUAUUUUUGGAAGGAAACCACUAGAACAUUAAAGAUGUUAUACCAUUUUUCAAGCUUCUAGUUACUCUAGCCAUAUUAAGCUUCAAACUUCGAAUUGAACACUCAAACAUUUUUGUUGUGGAAGUUACUUAACAUAAAAACGAUUAUCAAAAUACACAGAUGGACGAUUGUGACUCAUUUACUGUCAAAAAACCUUAGCUGUUUUCAUCCCAAGACUAAAGAUCGCAAUUAUUUUCCAGCAUGUUGGAUUUUGGAUAUAUGCUUUAGACUAACAAAUUUUAGCAAA